UUCGUCUUGAAAGAACCGAAAUCUGUGUUGCAUAUUUUUUACCGUGAUGGUGCAGUGGAUUUCCCGUAGCUCAGGAAAGGAAUGUUGUUAUUCUUGGUGUACAAGUACAUGUAAUGUCUAUCAAAUGACAACAUAGGGUAAGUGGCAUUUUCAUUUUCUUGUUGGGCUUACAUGCAGCCUUGCCUGGACAGUCUCAGAACAAAGCCUGCUGCUGGUGGUGGAAUAGGAAGAGUCCCAGUGGGUUAUAGAAGGGCGACCUAGGACGAGAUAUCAGCACUCUUUAGCAAAAGACCCUUUUCUGCACCUUCCGUCAUGAGUUUUUCCAUGCAAAAUGAGCUCAGUUGUCCUAUCUACCUUCAGUUCUACUUGGACCCCGUGGUCCUCCCUUGCGGCCACAACUUCUGUCAGGUCUGCAUCUUUCAGCUGCCUUGUGUCAACCGUCGAGACCUUCAAGUUCCUGGGAAUUACAAUCUCUCAGGACCUGAAGUGGGCGAACAACAUCAACUCCGUCCUCAAAAAGGCCCAGCAGAGGAUGUACUUCCUGCGGCUUCUGAGAAAGCACGGCCUGCCACCGGAGCUGCUGAGACAGUUCUACACAGCGGUCAUCGAAUCGGUCCUGUGUUCUUCCAUCACAGUCUGGUUUGGUGCUGCUACAAAAAAGGACAAACUCCGACUGCAACGGACAAUCAAAACUGCUGAAAGGAUUGUCGGUACCCCCCUACCCACCAUUGAGGACUUGCACGCUGCCAGAACUAAGACAAGGGCGUGCAAAAUCCUCUCGGACCGUCUGCACCCCGGUCACCAGCUCUUCCAGCUCCUUCCCUCAGACCAUGGAGAGCACCGAUCAGGCCCUGAUAUGCCCGGAGUGUCGUCAGGGGUUUCAGGGCGUUGAGUCCCUACAGAAGAACUUGAAACUAGGUAGCAUCAUCAACAGCUACAGAGCAACUUCAUCAAAGUACGACGCUCAACCGGAGAACCGGCAGAAUUCAAACCACCAUUCUGCGGUGAAGGCAUCGCAGACGCGGAACGAGUGCGACAUCCACUGUCGUCCCCUUGAGUACUUUGGCUCCACCGACAUGAGCUUGCUGUGCUCCAAGUGUUUCACGGAGGGCCGACACCAGCACCAUGACGUUCUCACCUUCACCCUUGCUGAGGGGGAGAUGAGGCAUGCCCUGGAGGUUCGCAGCAAGGUACUGCGAGAGAUUGCACAAGCUUCUGGAGGAGGAGCAAGGCCAGCGUAGAAGGAGGUGGCAGCUGGUCAUGUGCAACCAGGGCUUUUCCGAUGGCAAGCACGCGUGGGUGGGUGGUGGUGGUGGUGGUGGGCCCCCGAAAGCAUGUGGUCGCUGGGGCUGUGUUACAAGAGCAUCCACCGCCGCGGCAAACACAGCCGACUGGGUCACAACUCGGUGUCCUGGCGGCUCCAGUGGAAAAGCGGCAAACUGACAGUCUGCGAUGCUUCGUCCAACGUAGUCCUGCGUGAAAUGAGCAAGCAGCCGCUGAAGAUUGAGCUGGCGUUGGAUUAUGAAGGUGGCACGUUGAUGUUCCACAGCAUUCAUGGCCAAAGGGAGCAUCUUUACACAAUCAAGACUGAGUUUAAAGAGAUGGUUUACCCAGCUUUCAGCACCCGCUCCGGCACGCCAGACUCAUGGAUCACACGCCACUGUGGCCUGUCAGCAUCUGCUUGUGUUGAAUAAGCCCUCAUACUAAAUGAAUCUGGGUGUCAAUUUAUUAAAAUUGCCGCCAAAUGAACAAUACUUGUCAUUUAUAUCUUACAUUCACCAGUUUGACGAAAUACUCGUACUCCAAAAUAUAUUUUA